GGCGGUACAUGCGCCAUCCCAGGAGCGUUUGGGUGCGGCAAGACCUGCAUUUCCCAAGCGCUGUCGAAGUACAGCAACAGCGAAGUGAUAGUGUAUGUGGGGUGUGGAGAACGCGGCAACGAAAUGGCGGAAGUUUUGGCGGACUUUCCGGAGUUGACGACGACAGUGGAUGGCAAGGAAGAAGGCAUAAUGCAGCAUACUUGCCUCGUGGCUAAUACCAGUAACAUGCCAGUUGCUGCUAGAGAAGUUUCGAUUUAUAGAGGCAUAACGCUGGCGGAGUACUUUCGAGACAUGGGCUACAACGUGGCCAUGAUGGCCGACUCCACUUCGAGAUGGGCCGAAGCUCUUCGCGAGAUUUCGGGGAGACUCGCGGAGAUGCCCGCGGACUCAGGCUAUCCCGCGUACUUGGGGGCGAGGCUGGCGAGCUUCUACGAGCGGGCCAGUGAGGGUUUAGGGUUUAGGGUUUAG